AUCAUGCCUACACACAUAAUUUAAAAUCAAAACCUCAUUAUACCACCAUCGUCUCCGGUCUAUAAACCACCACCGCCAUCGGUAUCUCCGUUGAAUCACCACCGUUGCUAUGGCUUCAGUUACUAACGAACACAACUAUGAUCGUCUGAAGGAAGUGAAACAAUUCGAUGAAUCAAAAAUCGGAGUGAAAGGAUUGUUAGAUUCCGGCGCAACCACCAUCCCUCGCUUCUUCCACCAACCACCGGAGAAUCUCCCAGGGCCAAAACCUAAAAACCGACCGCGAUUAACCGUGCCAGUCAUCGACUUAUCUGGUCAAAGGUCAAGCGUGGUUGAAGAAAUCCGACGGUCGUCUUCCACACUGGGGUUUUUCCAGAUCGUGAAUCACAGCAUCCCAACAACAUUAAUCGAUUCAGCCAUUAAUGCUAUGAAGAAGUUUUAUGAGCAAUCGACAGAGUAUAAGAUGCAAUUCUAUCACAGAGAAGCAGGGAAAGGAGCAGCAUAUUCUACCAAUUUUGAUUUGUAUCAAUCAAAAGCUGCCAGUUGGAGGGACUCCCUUCAGGUGCGGAUGGCACCCAUGGAGCCGGCAUGGAACGCGGUGCCUGAGAUGUGCAGGGAGGCACUGGUGGAUUGGGACAAGGCGGUCGUGGGGCUAGGAGAAGAGCUUAUGUCGAUUUUAUGUGAGGGAUUGGGUGUGAAAAAUGAUAAGUUGAAAGAGUUGUCGUGUUUGGAGGCAAGGGUAAGUGUAUCCCAUUACUAUCCUCAGUGCCCACAGCCAGACCUGACAGUCGGCCUGACCACCCACACCGAUCCAGGGGUGCUGACGGUGCUGGUGCAGAACGAGGUCGGUGGGUUGUUGCAGGUCAAAUGUGGUGAAGACUGGGCUGAUGUUGAAGCAGUUCCUGGUGCCAUUAUUAUCAACAUAGGUGAUCUCCUUCAGAUGAUGUCUAACGACGAAUACAAAAGCGUGAUGCAUAGAGUGUUGGCAAACCCUGUUGAAGGUGCACGUGUCUCUAUUGCCGUCUUUUUCAAUCCAAGCAUCCGAGAAAAUCUAUAUGGACCAUUCCCAGAGCUGAUAACUGCCGAGAAACCAGCAGUUUACCGGGAAUUCACAUAUGAAGAAUACAUUACCAGGUUUUUCAAGAAGGAGCUUGACGGGAAGACAUUAACCAAUUUCUACAGAAUUGAUAACACGAAGGCCUGAUCUUGUAUGAUUAUUUGUAUGUACAAUAUUAUGAACCGUAUGUGGUUCAUGUCAAAUCGCAUAGAAUAAAACAUUGAUACAAUACUUACAGAAACCUGUAUUUAUCCAUGUUUACAAUUGAAACGAAAAUUUGAAGUUGUGCUUGCCUGUGGUGACAUGAAGCAUUGCUGAACCAAAUUACCUUGAUCGAUUGUUGUAAUCAAGAGGUGGAGUUAUUGAAAGCUUUUGGGCGUUUAUGAUCGC